CCUGGGGGAAGGGGGGUCAUGUGACAAGGAGGCAAGAUGGCUGCCUUCCCGUGGCAUCCAAGGUCUAGAAAUUACACAUCAGAGUUUGAAUCAUGCAGACUGGAGGCUAUACCUGUGGAAUUUGGGGACUACCAUCCACUGAAACCCAUUACAGUUACUGAAUCGAAGACCAAGAAAAUGGGUCGGAAAGGAAGUACUUCCUCUACCUCCUCCUCUUCUUCCAGUUCAAUGAUAGACCCACUAAGCAGUGUGUUGGAUGGCACUGAUCCCUUGUCAUUGUUCGCAGCAACAGCAGAUCCAGUGUCUACUGCAGCUAACACGGAUAGUACAAGAAAGAAACGUGAUAAAGACGACAGCUUGGUUGUAGGAAGUGACUUUGAACCAUGGUCAAGCAAACGUGGUGAAAUCCUUGCUAGAUACACAACGACUGAAAAACUUUCCAUUAAUCUGUAUAUGAGUUCUGAAAAAGGAAAAGCUACGACGCCUGGCUCAGCAGUUUCUGAGAAGGUGCGAACAAGGCUAGAAGAGCUGGAUGACCUUGAAGAGGGUUCACAGAAAGAGCUGUUGAAUUUGACUCAGCAGGAUUACAUGAAUCGGAUUGAAGACCUCAAUCAGUCACUGAAGGAUGCCUGGGCCUCUGAUCAGAAAGUAAAAGCUCUAAAAAUAGUUAUCCAGUGUUCUAAACUUCUUUCGGACACAACUGUAAUCCAGUUUUAUCCAAGUAAAUUUGUUCUAAUUACAGAUAUACUUGAUACAUUUGGAAAACUAGUAUAUGAAAGAAUUUUAUCCAUGUGUCUGGAUAAUCGUGGCUCUUUACCAGAUAAUUUUACUCCAGAAAGUGUUAAUGAUACUGCCAAAGAAACCUGUUUAAACUGGUUCUUCAAGAUUGCUUCAAUCAGAGAGCUCAUUCCCAGAUUCUAUGUGGAAGCAGCAAUAUUGAAAUGCAACAAGUUUCUGUCCAAAACGGGAAUUUCAGAAUGUCUCCCGCGACUAACAGCUAUGAUUAGAGGAAUUGGAGAUCCACUGGUUGCAGUCUAUGCAAGAGCGUACCUGUGCAGGGUUGGGAUGGAAGUGGCUCCUCAUCUUAAAGAAAGCCUUAACAAGAAUUUUUUUGACUUCCUUCUAACAUUUAAGCAAAUGCAUGGAGAUACUGUUCAGAAUCAGCUGGUAGUGCAGUGUGUGGAGAUUCCAUUGUAUUUGACUCUCUACUCUCCUGCUAUAGAUUGGAUUUUACAGUGUAUUGCGUACCGUGCUCCCGAGAUUCUGCUUACCGAGAUGAUGGAGAGAUGCAAGAAACUGGGGAACAAUGCCUUGCUGUUGAAUUCAGUGAUGUCAGCAUUCAGAGCAGAGUUUAUUGCUGCAAGAUCUAUGGAUUUUAUUGGCAUGAUUAAAGAGUGCGAUGAAUCUGGAUUCCCCAAGCAUCUUCUCUUUCGCUCUUUGGGGUUAAACUUGGCCAUGGCUGAUCCUCCUGAAUGUGAUCGCCUUCAGAUAUUAAAUGAAGCCUGGAAGGUUAUCACAAAAUUGAAGAACCCACAGGAUUAUAUUAACUGUGCAGAAGUGUGGGUGGAGUAUACCUGCAGACACUUUACGAAGCGUGAGGUCAAUACUAUUUUGGCAGAUGUUAUCAAACACAUGACUCCAGAUCGUGCAUUCGAAGAUGCCUAUCCACAGCUUCAGUCAAUUAUUCAGAAAAUUAUCGCCUAUUUCCAUGACUUUUCUGUACUUUUUUCAGCGGAGAAAUUCUUACCAUUCCUGGAUAUGUUCCAAAAAGAAAGUGUGAGAGUGGAGGUUUGCAAGUGCAUUAUGGAAGCUUUUAUUAAACAUCAACAAGACGCUACUAAAGACCCUGUCAUACUCAAUGCUCUUCUACACGUGUGCAAGACCAUGCAUGAUUCUGUGAAUGCACUAACACUUGAAGAUGAAAAGAGAAUGUUAGCAUCUUUGAUAAAUGGAUUUAUAAAAAUGGUAUCAUUUGGCCGAGACUUUGAGCAGCAGCUGAGUUUUUAUGUUGAAGCUAGAUCAAUGUUUUGCAAUCUGGAGCCUGUUCUUGUCCAGCUGGUUCAUUCUGUGAACCAACUGGCAAUGGAAACAAGAAAAGUGAUGAAAGGAAAUCAUUCCAGAAAGACAGCCGCAUUUGUCAGGGCUUGUGUUGCCUUCUGCUUCAUUACAAUUCCAUCUCUGACUAGUAUCUUUGCACGUCUUAAUUUGUACCUGAACUCUGGACAGGUUGCCCUGGCAAAUCAGUGCCUUUCACAAGCUGAUGCUUUUUUCAAAGCUGCAGUGAGCCUUGUUCCUGAAGUCCCAAAGAUGAUCAAUAUAGAUGGGAAGAUGCGGCCCUCUGAACCAUUCCUCCUGGAAUUCUUCUGUAAUUUCUUUUCCACUUUAUUAAUUGUGCCUGACCAUCCAGAACAGGGAGUGUUGUUUCUGGUGCGAGGACUACUCAAUGUGAUCCAGGAUUAUACAUGGGAGGAUAAUAGUGAUGACAAAGUUCGGAUUUACACCAAUGUUUUGCAUCUACUCUCGGCAAUGACUCAGGAGACCUAUAUCUACCACAUAGACAAAGUUGAUUCCAAUGACACCCUCUAUGGUGGAGACUCCAAAUUCCUGAUUGAAAUUAACAAGCUGUGUGAGGCGGUGAUUGCUCAGAUCCUGGACCAUCUGAAGACCCUUGGACAGGAGGAGACUCUGAAGCGCCAAAGCCAGCUGGCUCUCUACUUCUUUAAUAGUAUUUUAGCUCAUGGAGAUCUACGGAACAACAGACUAAACCAGCUUUCAGUCAAUCUCUGGAACCUGGCGCAGAAGCACGGCUUUGCUGACACCAAGACCAUGGUGAAAACAUUGGAAUACAUCAAGAGGCAAAGCAAACAACCCGAAAUGAGUCAUUUUACAGAGCUGGCACUAAGACUCCCUCUGCAGUCCAGGACCUGAUGAACGUUACCCUUUCCAGAGUCAUCUGUAAGGAAGAGCAUGUUGCCAAGUCCA